UCUUUUGCGUGUAUGUUCUCUUCCCGAUUGGCUCCUCAGCAUAGUCACAUUCUCUGACUGCAAUGGCUGCAAUGGCUUGCUAUUAUGAUAAACCGGUUGCGUCGCGCACGCUGCGACCUGAGAGAUUCCAACAUUCUGCUGCGCUCAGUGCCCCAAUUGGUUCUCUUCAAUUUACAUGUAGGACGCGGUAACCCCGUCUUUGAACAAUUGUUGGAACAUUGACGAUGAAAUGCGACAAUGAUCUACGAAAUUAUGUCAGGCCGUCCCUGUCAGCGAGGUCUUAUUUGUUGCUGCAAGUGCACAGCAUGUUGACUUGCUCAGUUAUUCCAGCUUUGAAGAUGUAAAGUCACACUGCCUUUUGCAGUUGUUGUGUCAUGUACUUUCGGGAACCAACAUAGGCGAGGUUCGAAUUUAAUUCGAAUGCCGUUCUUGUGAUUUGUUUCGUGAGUUUUUUCUGGCAAGAAAUGGAAGACGUUUCUGUACACAAGCGUGAGAAAGUUGGAAGCGGCGCUGAUGGAAUGCGUUCAGAAGAACCGAAUUUUCCUACAGAUGGGGGAGAUUUGAUCAAUGAGUCACAAACAUCAAUUUCCGAACCUCUAUCCAAACCUUUUGAGUCACUGAGUCGGAAGGAGAAACGAAAAACCCUGAAAAAAUUACGGAGGAAACAGGUCAGGCAAGAAGCUGCUGAAAAGGAGCACUUAGAAGAAUUAGCUCGUUUACAAGACGCCGCGGAGCAAUUGAGAAUUCAGGAGCAAGAGAAACUUGAUGCAGAACGAGUGGAGAAAGAAAGGGUUCAACACGACGAGGAAGAAAGAUUGUUUCACGAGCGGGAGAAGAAAGCUCAAGAGGAAUUUGAACGGAAACAAGCAGAGCGUUUGAAAAAGGAGGAGGAGUUGAGGCUACACCAGGAAGAUGAGGAAAAGUGGAGAUAUGUGGAAGAUGAUGGACCUGCAGAAAUUAUAUGGCAGGGAAAUGAAAUUAUUGUCAGGAAGAAGCGAGUUAAGGUGCCUGUGGAGCAGGCUGAACAACUUUUGCUUAAGACUGCUGAGAACGCAUCAUCGAAUCCAUUGCCCCCACAGAGUACAGCAUUUGCAGCACAGAAGUUACCCCCGCCUUCAACGCCUGAUGUGAGCGAACCAAAUCCUAUGUUCGGUACUGAACAGGACAAGACUCACUGUCCAUUUCACAUCAAGACAGGAGUUUGCAGAUUUGGGGUCCGUUGCAGUAGAGUACAUGUGUAUCCAGACCAAUCUUUUACUCUGCUUAUGAGGAAUAUGUACACUGGUCCUGGUCUCAGUUGGGAUCAUGACGAGGGGCUAGAGCAUAGUGACGAGGAGGUUGCCGAACAGUUUGAGGAAUUCUAUGAAGAUGUACACUCUGAAUUUCUUCAGUAUGGGGAAUUGGUUAACUUCAAGGUUUGCAAGAAUGGAUCAUCACAUCUGCGGGGGAAUGUAUAUGUUCACUACCAAACAGAGGCUGGUGCUCAAGCUGCUUACAAUGCAAUGAACGGUCGCUUUUAUGCUGGAAAGCAGAUAACCUGCGAGUUUGUGGGAGUAACAAGAUGGAGGGUUGCUCUAUGCGGGGAGUACAUGAAAGGACACCACAAGCCGUGCUCACAUGGAACAGCAUGCAACUUUCUUCACUGUUUUCGUAAUACUAGAGGGGAGUAUGAUUGGGCUGAUUGGGAUAGCCCUCCUCCCCGCUAUUGGGCAGCAAAGAUGGCGAAGCUUUUUGGCUACGAACUGGAUUACAGGGAAGACGAUGAUAGACCAAGCUAUCAUGAUGAUUCUCAAAGACGUUACAGGUCCCACGAGAGGGCUCGAAGCACGGAUGGACGACACAGGAGCGAAGAUAGACAGUCUAGAUUUGAUGAUCAUGAGCAUGUUUCAAGGCAUCGAGAGCGCAGGUGGCACAGGAAUCAUGAUAAGAGUAACCUAUCAAGCUCUGAUGAUAUCGAGAGGUCUUCUAGGAGCAAGAGGCGCGAUCGAAGGCAUCAUCGAUCCAGUCCUGACUCGACUGGUAAAAGGAGUAGGAGGCAAAGUUCUGGAGAGAAAGACGAAAAUGGUAAAAGAUACCACCAGGAAAGUAGGCAGAGUCUUGAAACCGGUCAAGACGAAGCGGUAACGAGGGCCGUUGAUGGAGUGGAAAAUAUCGAUAGCGAUAGGAAAUACGGAAGAGAUCAUGAUGUGGAUGACAAUAACGCUGAUGAACUCCAACACCGGAACAGAAGGAGAAUAGAGCGAUAUGGAACUCCUCAAAUUCAUACUACAUAUGAAAAUAGAUCUUCAACCAGAAGUUGUACAAGAGACCUACAUAUACAUGACUACCCGUCGUCUAACCAUUACAAGAUUAGGACAUGCAGAAAUAACAGUGAUUCUUUGGAGGACGAUCAGACUGGCCAACAUGUCCAGGAAGCCCAAGACAGAACAGAGGGAAGAAAUCGAAAACGAGAGCGUGGAGAGAGAGAGCGAUAUAAGACACGAGAAGUUAGCAAGAGCAAGAGAGGCAGGAGGAAGGAUGCUGAAAGCGAAUCCAGUGACGAUGGAUCGUAUAGGGUCUUAAAGACAUCUAGAAGCGAGCGGAAGCAAGACAGCAGAAGGAGUCUAUACAGAGAAAAGCAUAGGGAUGCGCUUGUAGGUGAGUAUAUCGAACAAGAGGACAGAUGGAGUCUCGAUGUUGAUACGCAAUAAUGGAGUCAAAGUUUUUCGCUGGGUGAACGCAUCGAAGACAGUCUAACCUGUUCAAUUUAUUUUAAUAAAACUUUGUGCAAAUCUCAAGUCCA